AGAGUGCAAAUUAUUCACUGUUACACGCAGAACAUCAGCGUACAUUUUUUCACGUGGCGUAAUACUCUAUCUUUACCCACACUAGACCACAGUUUGACGGUCACAGUAGCGGCUGAAGGAACACAGAUCAUGGUUCGAGCCUGGUACUUCGAUAACGAUGAGGAGGGGAACAAGAAGCUCCCGCACAUGACCGAUCCGCCCCAGUUUGUGGAUUUAGAAGGUCUGAAGAAGAUUGGCGUGCUUUACUGGAAGGUGGACGUGGACGGUGACGACAUGGAGGACGGAGGUCUGGUACCCAAACUGAAGGAGGAGCGGGGCUACAAACACGGAGACAGCAUUGCCAUCAGCAGAGAGCUCAUGCCGGAUUACGUGGACGUGAGCAAAAUGCUCUACACCGAGCACUUGCACCCCGACGAGGAGAUUCGCUUGGCAGUGGACGGCGUUGCCUAUUUUGAUGUCAGAGAUCUGGAGGACAAGUGGAUCCGCAUCGAAAUUUCCAAGGGCGACCUGAUUAUUUUGCCAGCAGGAUUGUACCACAGAUUCACACUAGAACAGGAGAAGCGUUUUGUCAAACUGGAGCGCUUUUUCACAGAGAUCACGCGCUGGACGCCAUACAACCGUCCUGCAGACGAUCAUCCUUCCCGCGUGGCGUAUCUUAAAUCAAUGGAGAAACCCAAGGAGGAAGAGAAGAGGUUCAGCUGGUGCAACUUUCUCUAAGAUUUUAAAAAAUCUUUUAUUCCUAUUUUCAUGUUUUUAUUUCUUUCAUUUUACUUAUUUAUUUUUACUAAGUUACAUUCUUAGUGUGUGGGUUUUAUUUGAUUGAAUCUGAAACAUGGCGCAGUGCCGUGCCGUUGAACAACUUAACUAGCUUCAGAAUUGACGUUUUUGCGAUAUUUCAUGCAUUUUUAUGUACUGUAAAGCGUGGAAUACAGGGCACCUUGCCGAUUACCACGCUUAUCCAAGUUAAAGUGGAAAACGAGAGAGUAAGCUAAUGGUCUCAAAGUGUCUGGGUUGAAAUGGUAUUUUUUAUUUAUUUAUUUAUUUAUUUAUUU